AUGUGGCUCAUGCACGAAAAUGUUCACCCUCUUUUUUGGCGAACGGGUUAUGAAAUGCCGCGCCUCGGAACAUCUUCAGAUUCUGAUGGUGACAACGGUUGGAGAGGGGAGACGUCUAAUCAAAAUCAGAAGCAGAAACAAUCUGUUAAUGCAAAGUGUAACGGUAACAUCGGAGUAAUGUUACUCAAAGCGGUGAUGUCCGCGAGAUACGAGGGGUGCUAG